AUGGCACCUAGUGUGCCUUUACGUGGUUUAGAUCCAGAUGUGGAUUACAAACAGUUUCCUCAGGUCACAAUAGAUCCAGAGUACCAGGACGAGUUCGCUGACGUCACUAAUCAGGUGAGGUCCAGGGAGGAGUGGGGGGCGAAGCCCUCAACAAGAGCCCCUACUGACCGACCAUUGUACGCUCCUGUACGCUACAUUGUCCUGUCGUCCUUCUAUACAGAACAAGAAGGCACUCCUACUCGGGCGUCCAUCAUGCAGGAACUUCAGAAGCGGGAUAUGGACCUAGGACUUCCCGAUAUUCAAUGCAAGUAA